AUGGUACCUAUCUCUCAACGCUGUUCAUUUUUAAUGAAUGGCUCAUCCACCAUUCAAUGCUCUUGUAUUCGUGGUGGAACGUGUCCUUUGGUUGGUUCUCUCUCUCAAGGCGCUUUCCUCCCUCCUUUAAGAUCUACACAACUACCAAUAAUCUCAACUUUGUUACUUUUAGAAGCCCUCGCCUCAUCCCUUGGCACACCACAUUCAUUUAUUAUUACCUCACACAACACCAACACACACACAUUAACAAUGGUGGAAAUGUCACAAAUAGAUCCAUAUCAAAAUACAACCAACCCGUAUACGGGAAAUGAGACCUAUGACACUUUGGUAGUGACAAUGUUGUCGCUGCGCAUAGGUGUCAUGUUUGUCAUUUUCUUUUUAAAUCUUUGUCAAACCGUCCUGGAAUACCAACAUCUUCGAACUCACAGAAAACCACUGUCUCCAAGAUUCAUGACUUUUCUUUCCAUAACUUUAUUUCCAUUAUGUACUCAAUUAUUAUAUACAUUUUUUGUUUCCAAUGCAAUUAUAUUAAAGAAUUCAAAGAGAGCAUGGCAUGUAGCAUGGGCAUUUUCGGCAUUGCUGUUGACAUGGUAUAUCAUCAUGUGGUCAUUGUCCAAGACUGGUCUCGACAAAAUUGAUAGAGUUAGCUCGCUUGGUAACUUGGGAUUCAUUGUAUUGUAUGGGUUCAUAGUCAUCAUCAACGGUAUUGUUUUGAUUAAAUUGAUGAGAGGUCAAGUUGAAAAGAUCCCACGUUUACAGGCGACUAUUACAAAGACUGUAAAGUUGGCAUCGGUAUUGAUCGUAUUGGUGCUUGUAUCGACCGGGUCGUCACUGGUAUUCAACUUUGCACUCCAUUUGGAUUCAUAUAGUAACUACCGUUUCAUAUCUACCUUUAUUGUGGGACUUGCCGAAUUCAUACAAGUCAUCGUUGUCAUGGCUGCGUUGGGUGGUGAUUCACCUAGAAACUACUUUUUGUUUAAACGUGUCAACGACACGGGAUCUUCGCAUCAUACCAGUAAUGGAAAUGGUCCAUCAGGCACCAUCAACAAGCCGCAGACUAGUGGCGGACCGUCUCUCUCCAAUACGCAGUCGGGGUUCAUCAACCGAGAAAUAUCGCUCAGCUCCGUAUCGAUAUCUUCGUCGCCACAUAUUGCCAACCGGGAUGGGUCGGCCGUGUCAUCGUCUGGCACACCAUCAACCCUCGCGACAACACCCAUACAACCAAACCAAUUCAACACGUCUUACCAUGAAACCAUCGAGGAUGGCAUCAUCAUUAAUCCAGACCGACCUUUAACCGAUUCCACUUCACCUCAACCAUCUAAUAAUAAUAAUAAUAAUAAUAAUACUAGUGGUGGUGUAUCAUCUCUCGAUUUGUUAAAUCCCUAG